AUGGCGAUGGAUCAGUUGCCAAAAACCGUAUUCAAAGAGGGAACGGAAACACAAGUUGAGAAGGUCAACAACACUUGUCGAACUUCCAUACUUAAGAAGGUGGAGAAGUAUGUUGAAGCAGAGUACAAGGAAGUGUUGGGUGAUCCGCUAUUUUCUCAGGUUAUGGAUAUUUAUGUGCACAAGCUUCAGUAUUCAGGGAGAGUGAUCCACAGCUUCGUUUGUAAGCAGCUUCUGACCGCAAAGCGCCAUGAGUUGUGGUUCCAUUUUGCUAGGAGGGCUCUCAGAUUUUCAAUGCAAGAAUUCCAUGCGAUCACUGGUCUGAAAUAUAAAGACGACGAGCCUGAAUUGGAUAUUGAUAACUGGAGAGGUGAUAAAGGGUUUUGGAGUAAGUUGCUGCGGAGAAAAGGAAAAAUUAGCCUACAGCAAAUCAGGAAGGUGCAUCUGAAAUCUUGUAAUACAUGGUCUCAUGUUGAUAGGCUGAGGAUGCUGUAUUUGUGUGUGAUUGAUGGUCUGGUUAUGGCGAAGGAUGAGAAGGUGUGCAUCCCACACAAGUACAUCAAGCUGGUGAUGGAUUUCGAUAAGAUGAGAAAAUAUCCGUGGGGUCUUCACUCAUUUGAUGCGCUUGUGACUUCCAUUGCUGAAGCUAGGGAUAAAGUGAAGACGCAGAACAGUUAUGUCAUAGAUGGAUUCUCUUAUGCACUUCAGAUUUGGUUGAUGGAGGCUAUUCCAGACAUCGGGUCUCUUUUGGGUAAGAAGCUCAAAGAAGGCGUCACUAGCAUGAGAUGCAGAAAUUGGAAAGGAUCUGCUAAGGUUUCCUAUGAGGAUAUUAUUAGUAUUGAGGAGUUGUGUUUUCCAUACAUCUCUUCAACUGGAAAUGGCAACAUCAUUGUUGAUGCUGGGUUUGAGCGAGACGAUGAGAUGAAUGACGAAAGGGUCGAUCUGAUCAUUGACAUGUACAGAAAGAAGUAUGACUGGAGUAAGCAUGUUUGGGGUAAUCAGGAAACUGAACAACCAUAUGCGGACAGUUCUGAGGAUGAUGGUUCAAAGGAAGAAGAGGCUGGAGAAAGAAGUGACUGUGGAAUGGAAGAAGAAAUAGAAACCGCCCAGUUGUCUCCUACAAAGAAGAGAAAGAACCAGUAUCAGGAUAUUGGAGCCGAGUCAAGGAAGAAGAGGAUACUUUGCCAAAGAUCAACCGACAAAUACAGAGAUCUUGAAGAGGGUAUGAAGUCAUAUAUCCAGGGUAUGUUUAAGUCUUCUUUUACUGCCUUAGGGCUUGAGGUCCGCGUCUUAAUUGAAGACCGGUUUACGAAAUUAGAGCAGACGAUCCUUUCAUCUCAGACUCCAGUUGGUGUUCCGGCUUAUACUCAUGGUGCUGCUCCGGCUUAUACUCAGACUCAUGGUGCUGCUCCGGCUUAUACUCAGACUCAUGGUGCUGCUCCGGCUUAUAUUCAUACUGCUGCUGCUGCUACGACAUCUACUCAAGCUCCUGGAUCGGAUUCUACUCUUGCUCCUACUCCUACUCCGGCGUCUACUCACACUAGUGCUCCUGCUACUACUUCCCGCGCUCGAGCUUCUCGCAACAAAGCUUCGGUUCCUUCUCACACUGGUGGUCCUGCAACUGCUGCUAUGACAAGGUCUCAGACAAAGGAUGAUGGUUUGUUUGCGGAUCCAGAGUUGUCUGAUGUGUUUGGCAGCUUAUUUGACACUUUAGAUUUCAAUUUAGGGACCCAAGAGCACUUACAAAAGACAAUGGGCAGCCUUACACAAGAGUCGCAUGUUAAGGGGUUUGAUCCAUCUCAAGAGAUCUUCAACCGACCAUUCUUGAAUGAUAUAGAUGAUCCAGAAGUCCGUUGCAAAGACAGCAACUACGAAUUGGUUUUUGUUCCAGAAGACAAAUUUUCCAAACUAACUGAAUGGAUCCUCAAGCCCAAAGUACUUCAGAUUGGGCCAUCUAAAUUUGAUGUAGAGUUGGCUUCGCGUAUAAUGGGCCCUAAUGAAUGGUUGAAGAACAAUGACAUGGACGCCAUGAUGUAUUUGUUUCGGGAAAAAACCUCAUUGCGUCGGUGGAAGCCAAACCGAGUAGCAUUUAUGAACUGUAUGUUCAGUAAUCAGAUCAUCACCGCCUACAGAAAGUUUGAUGGGAACAGGAGAGGGUACAAAGUCGACAACAACCUUCUCGAGUAUGGAAGAGGUGAGCUUCCAUAUCAUGGAAGCACAGGUUCGGUUUGGAGUGUUGAUGUCGAUCGUCUCUACAUCCCUAUUUGUGUCAACCAAAUCCAUUGGAUCUCUAUGUGCGUCAAUCUUAUGAACCGGACUGUUGAGGUUUUUGAUUGUGGGGGUAAGAAGAACAACAAGGCCGUGGAAGCAUUCGCCGUCCUCAUUCCACGAAUCGUCAAGGCUGUCCAGUCAUCAGAUAAGAAGAAAGAUUUCAAUGUCAAACAGUAUGCUAUUUCAUAUGUCCCGAUGCGCGCCCUAAACACAAGUGGCAAUGAUUGUGGUGCUUAUUCGUUGAAGUUCAUAGAGUGCCAUCUACUUGGUUUAGAUUUCUCUUUGGUGAAUGACGAUAACAUCCAAGAAGCCCGACACAAGAUAGCGUUUGAUCUUUGGGAAGCAGCAAAUGAUGAGGCCUUGCAGUAUCGAAUGUCCACAUUUAAGCCUCCAAAGCGUGCUCCGGAGAAAACGGUUGAACUCUUUUGA